AAAACCGGUCGGAAACUCCUCUUAACCUUUAAACUACUGCAGUGUUAUCAGUUGAAAACCUCCUGUCAAAACACGCCAAACAAUGUGGGUUUGGUGCAUAUCGAUGACAAGUACUGAUUCUGUUCAAGUUGUUCAUCUGUGGGCUAUAUAUACCACCGCCAGAUCUCGCGCUAGGAGCUGGCUGAGCUCCUUAGUCACGACGCCAAGUACUACGCCAAUGCAUACGCCCCCUCCCCAUUAA